CAGUAACAACACACCUCUGCCUCUUGCAAGGGUAUUGGUUUAAUGUGUAAUAGUCAAAUAAAAGGCAUCAUAUCACACCGGCAUUCACAACCGCAUCCUUCUAGAGAACUGGCAAAGAACGAUCAUCCAUUGCAAACGUGAGAGACCUGAAUAUGGCUUCCAAACCUCAGAUACUACUACUGCUAGUGGCUGUAAUGAUUACAAGCUAUGUUGCCGCCAGCACGACCACAAGCAUGACCGCCAGCACGACCACAAGCAUGACCGCCAGCACGACCACAAGCAUGACCGCCAGCACGACCACAAGCAUGCCCCCCAGCAUGACCGCCAGCACGACCACAAGCAUGACCGCCAGCACGACCACAAGCAUGCCCCCCAGCACGACCACAAGCAUGACCGCCAGCACGACCACAAGCAUGACCGCCAGCACGACCACAAGCAUGACCGCCAGCCACGACCACAAGCAUGACCGCCAGCACGACCACAAGCAUGACCGCCAGCACGACCACAAGCAUGACCGCCAGCACGACCACAAGCAUGACCGCCAGCACGACCACAAGCAUGCCCCCCAGCACGACCACAAGCACGACCGCCAGCACGACCACAAGCACGCCCCCCAGCACGACCACAAGCAUGCCCCCCAGCACGACCACAAGCACGACCGCCAGCACGACCACAAGCAUGCCCCCCAGCACGACCACAAGCACGACCGCCAGCACGACCACAAGCAUGCCCCCCAGCACGACCACAAUCAUUCCCCCUAUCACGACCACAAGCACGACCGCCAGCACGACCACAAACACGAACGCCAGCACAACCGCCAGCACGACCACAAGCACGACCAACAGCACGACCGCCAGCAUGACCACAAGCACGACCGCCAGCAUGACCACAAACACGAACGCCAGCACGACCACAAGCACGACCAACAGCACGACCUCUAGCAUGCCCCCCAGCAAGACCGCCAGCACGACCACAAGCAUGCCCCCCAGCAUGACCACCAGCACGACCUCUAGCAUGCCCCCCAGCAAGACCGCCAGCACGACCGUCAGGACUUUUAUAACUGCAGGCUCCAAUGUUACUGCCAUCAACUGCUCAACUAAUGGCACAACCAACUGCACAAACCACAAUAUGACCAAUGGCACAACCACCAGCACAGCCACCAGAACCACAAUCGUCAGCAAAAACCCCAGUAUUUCUUCUGCAUCAACUCUUUCACCUAUGGGGAUUGUGGGACUGUCUGGACUUUUGAUCUAUAUUGUCACCUCCACUGCCGUUAUUAAUCUCUUCCACCAGAUGUGAUCAACAACUCCAUUUGACAAACCGCCUAUGUUUGACAAAAAGCUAAAACACAGAUUACUGAUUUUUCUUUUUUUGCUCAAACACUACAAAAAAAAAAACAAGAAAAAUAUAUGCAUGAUUGUAUAUACACAAAAAAAAGUUACUUAUUUAAUUAGUUAGACAUCACUGAUAUUUCUAAAUUACCUCACAAAUGCAGAAUGGUUAAGGAUGUAGAAGUCAUACAUAGCGAUGUAUAUAAUGUCAUAUAAUGAUGUACUAUGUGACACGUAAUAAACUAAUAAUGAAAACACA